UCAACAGGAAGAAGCAAGAUAAAGAGAAACAGACAAACAAAUCACUCGCAACUAUGCCAAAAUAAUUAAUAAAAACAUCUAUUUCUGGCCAUAAUAGUAAAACAAAAGUUGGCAUAGUCUGAAGCUGUUUGUCGCCCUUAUUCUUGACAGCAUUGAAGUUUACAGCUUGGAAGCAUCCAUGGAUUUCAUAAGUCAUAGCAAGUUUUCAGUUUUCAAUUCCUGUUUUCAGAAUUGAGAUGAUGGAGGAGCAAUUUAGCAAUCUCUCUCCACUAGACAGCCAUGGUCGAGGAGCUGAUCAGCCAUUCAGCCAAUUUACUGAACAAAGAAGCCAAAAAUUCAAAUCUGCUGAUGAAGAAGAUCGCUUUAGCCCUUUACCCGAUUCUCUCAUUCACCACAUCCUUUCCUUUUUGCCAUCAACCAAAGAUGCAAUCCAAACUUGUGUUUUAUCAAAACGAUGGCAACAUCUAUGGACUCACGUUCCCAAUCUCAUCUUCCGAUACUGUGAGGAGCACAAUCCCCAGUUCUAUGAAAGCUACGGUGAAUUUAUAGUCAAAACCUUGAGUCUUUACUCCUCAUCCAAGAUCAGGAAAUUCCAUCUCCAGCUCGAUUCUUCACAUUAUUAUAGUUUGAAUUCUCAAAUAGAAUCAUGGAUUCUUUUUGUUAUGAGACGUGACCCGGAGGAGCUAACCUUGGAAUUUUGUUCAUUUGAAGAUUAUCAUGUUAUCUUUAGUGAUUCUGAUGCUUACUUGUUGCCAAAAUUCUUCUACAGUAAUAACUCUCUACAGGAACUGAAGACUGAGUUUUGCGAUUUCUUGCCUGAAGGGAGAGUGGAUUGGAGAUCGCUUAAGGUUUUGCACAUAGGGCAUGCCAAGUUUACUGAUGAGGUGAUGAAGAAUAUUUUAUCUGGUAGUCCUUUGCUGGAAUCGUUGAAAUUAAAAUACUGCCAUGGGAUUCAUCGGCUUGACAUAGCAUCAAAACGCAUGAAAAAGCUGGUAAUAUAUCAUAUUUUGGAUCUCACGGGUGGACAGGAUGAUUCUGCUCUUGAAAUUUUCAGUCCUCACCUUGAGAAAUUGAAGAUUUUGGGAAGUUGGGGAAAGACGAAGUGUAAACUGAUGAAUGUGUCAUCUUUGGUCAGUGCUGUCCUGGAUUUUCAGCUAGACAAUUACGAGAGAGUCAGCAAUGAUUUCUAUCAGAAAUAUCGAAAUGUAGUCAAGGAACUUCUUGAAAAGAUUCAGCAUGCUAAGCAGCUUAAAAUAGGGACUUGGUGUACUGAGGUUCUAUCAAUAUUGGAGGUUAAAGCCAUGGCUUCUCCAUUAUCAACUCGCAAGUGCUUAGUUCUAAAUUUUCGCUACUUUAAAAAUUGGGUCUUCCCUGGAGUAGCAAAUCUGCUUCACAAUUCACCUGAGCUUGAAAAAUUAGUUAUAAAAAUAUCCUAUGGCAGAAGUUUACAGUUCAAUUUUGAUGAGAACUUCACCAACUGCUAUGAUAUUGGAGAGAGUUACUGGACAUCACAAAACAAGAUUUUCAAUUGUCUCUUGUUGAAUCUCAAGACCAUCGAGAUUUUCAGCCAUGAAGAACAUUUAUUUGAGAAUAAAUAUGCACUUGCCUUUGUUGAGUUUCUACUUAGGAAUGCAAAAGUGUUGGAGAAGAUGGCCAUAUUUAAUGAUUAUCCUUUCCAUGCUCCAAAUAAAACAGACAGGCUGCUUAAAGUUGCUCAAAAAUUACUGAGUGUCCCAAGAUCUUCUCCUCAUGCUGUGGUUUUGUUUCCCAUUCCCAAGUGAUGUUAUGCAAAUAUGAAACCAGAGAUCUGACUCUGAGUGCUUGAAUGGAAACUGUCCAAUUUUGGUCAA